AUGGGGCCCUUGACAGCAGAUCCAAAGGCGACAACAGAAGUAGACACAAUCUCCGACUAUGAACCCAAGAGCGCCGUUGCGGACGAAGAACCGGUCGAUUGCAGCAAUGGCGAGAUCAUCCAGAGCCCAGAAGCGUUGCAACGUCGUCUUACUCCACGCCAGAUUCAAUUCAUCGCCAUCGGGGGUUCCAUAGGCACUGCUCUCUUUGUGACGAUCGGGUAUGCUCUGAUGCGCGGAGCAGGGAGCCUCUUAGUUGCCUUCACGUUGCAUUCGCUCAUGAUGGCCCAGGUAAACAAUGCCCUCGCGGAAAUGACUGUAUUCAUGCCAGUAAGCGCAGCCUUCGUUCAGCAUGCUGCGACCUGGGUUGACAGUGCAUGGGGGUUUAUGGCUGGAUGGAACUUCUUCCUCUAUGAAGGACUCAAUAUCCCUUUUGAAAUCACGGCUAUGAAUAUGGUCUUGACGUUCUGGCGUGACGAUAUACCGGCUGCAGCUGUCAUCUCUGCUUGUCUCGUUCUCUAUGCUGUCACCAAUUUACUUGCGGUGAGGUUUUACGGAGAAGCCGAGUUCUGGCUUUCCGGGGGGAAAUUGCUGCUCAUUAUCAUUCUAUUCUUCUUCGCCUUUAUCACCAUGGUGGGAGGGAAUCCGCAGCAUGAUGCCUAUGGUUUUCGUAACUGGAAUAAGCCGAGCCCCUUUGUCGAGUAUCUCUCAACUGGCGAUCUAGGGCGUUUCCAGGGCUUCCUGUCCGCACUGUGGCAGGACGCAUUCACAAUUGUCGGUCCCGAAUACCUCGCUGCCGUAGCCGGAGAAGCACAACGACCACGGAAAACGAUGAAGGCUGCCUUCAAAUCAGUCUACUGGCGAUUUGGCAUCUUCUUCAUCGGGGGUGCGCUCUGCGUCGGCAUAGUCCUUCCCGCCAACGACCCUACUCUUCUGAGAAUCCUGGGUUCCAAUCAGUCGGGCAGCGGUGCAGCAUCACCAUAUGUCAUUGCCAUGACCAAUAUGCAGAUCGACGUCUUGCCCCAUAUCGUCAACGCCCUUCUGUUGACUAGCAUCUACUCAGCCGGAAACACUUAUGUCUAUACUUCGUCCCGGAGCUUGUAUUCCCUCGCUCAGCAUGGCCACGCUCCCAAGUUCCUCCGGAAGUGUACCAAGAACGGUGUGCCCAUCUACUGCCUGGCUGUUUCGCUAGCAUUUGCCUGUCUGGCUUAUAUGGAACUAGGCCAUGGCUCGGCAACGGUUCUGAAUUGGCUCAUUAACCUGAUCACCGGCGGGACCCUCGUAUCGUACCUCGUAAUGUGUGUCAACUACCUCUUCUUCUACCGGGCAUUGAAAGCCCAAGGCCACAGUCGUGACGCACUACCCUACCGCGGAUAUUUCCAACCAUGGGGAACAUGGGUAGCCCUAAUCUGGCUCAUCGGGAUCGAAGUUUUCUACGGCUAUGAGGUCUUUUUACACGGCCAGUGGGACGUCGGGACCUUCUUCACUCAUUACACGAUGAUAUUCCUGGCUAUAUGCAUCUUUUUCGUGUGGAAGAUUGGCAAGCGCACUCGGUUUGUGCGCCCGGAGGAAGCGGACUUGGUUUGGGCUCGUCCGGCUGUGGAUGCGCAUGAGGCCAUGAUGGGUGAGGAAGAUUGUGCCGGGCUCCAUAGACAAGUCAUGCAGGUGUUUCAGAUCAGAGGAGCGAAGGGUCGUUCAUCAGGGCGCUCGCAGGUGUAG